AUGGAUGUGAAAGAAAUAAUAUCAAAGUCGUCUUUCUCAAUGUUAGAAGGCAAAAUUAAUCCUAAACUAUUGGAAUCCUUAAACGCUAUGAAUUACGAGAAACCAACGCGAAUUCAAGCUAAAUCUUUGCCAUACUUGUUAAUGGGUAAAGAUAUUAUAGGAGCUGCAAAAACAGGCAGUGGCAAAACACUGGCCUUUCUUGUACCUGUCAUAGAAAAUCUGAUAAAGUAUGGUUUUACAAGAAAACAUGGUACUGGGUGUGUAGUUUUGUCACCAACUAGAGAAUUAGCAUUACAAACUUUCCAAGUAUCAAAGAAACUGCUUACUCAUAUUGAUUUAUCAUGUGCUCUAAUUGUCGGAGGAGAAAAGAAAGCAAAGGAUAUUAUGAAGUUAAAGAAAGGUAUCAAUGUAAUAAUAAGUACACCGGGUCGUUUAUUGGAUCACCUUGAAAACCCUGAAAUUCUCACCUGUAAUAAUCUUAAAUGUCUUGUACUGGAUGAAGCUGAUAAGUUGUUAGAAACUGGGUUCGAAAAACACAUCACACAAAUACUAAAUUUAUUGCCAGAUAAAAGGCAGACUAUAUUAUUUAGUGCAACUAUUGAUUCAAAAGUAAAAAAUCUUGCAAAACUAGCACUGAAGAGCAAUCCAAUUGUGGUUUCUACUAAUGAUGAGAAACAAUCUACAGUUACUUCUCUUCAACAAGGGUAUUACAUUUGCCCUGUGGAAGAAAGGGUGCCGUGGUUAUACAAAAUGCUUAAAAAGGUUAAGAAGUUAAAAACAAUGGUGUUUUUUUCUUCUUGCAAAUCUGUAGAUUUUCACUAUGAUUUUUUUAAAACGCAUUGUAAAGCCCCUGUAAUAAGUAUACAUGGUCGACUAAGCCAAUCAAAAAGAAAAGAAGCGUACCAAAUUUUUGUCGAAGCUGAAAGUGGUGUAUUGUUCUGUACAGAUGUCGCUGCACGAGGGCUAGAUAUACCUAGUGUAGACUGGAUUAUACAGUAUGAUCCUCCCACAGACCCAAAGGAAUACAUCCACAGGGUAGGCAGGACAGCAAGAGGAUUUAAUACAAAUGGCAAUGCCGUUAUACUCUUGAGACCCGAAGAAGAACAGUUUGUAGAAUUUCUCAAAAGAGAAAAGGUGUAUUUGGACAAAUACAGCUUUGAUAAUCCACCUGGAGAAGUACAAAUGAUGCUAGAAGAUUUAAUAUCAAAUAAUGGUGUUCUAAAAACAUCAGCGCGCAAAGCUUAUUUGUCGUACUUGAGAUGCUACAAGUCCCAUCCUUUGAAGAAAAUAUUCAAUAUCAAAUCAUUAGAUUUGAAAUUAGCAGCCAAAGCUUUUGGUUUCCUUGAACAACCUCAUGUUGAUUUUAUAUCAAAGAAAACCAAAUAA